AUGGAUCAGAAUAGUGAUGAGACUCGUGCAUCAAUAGCAGGCGCUUUAAUGCCAGCUCCAGCUAACCCCACUGAAACGUCCUCUGCUCCUGUACGCAUCAGAAAUUUACAGGGUCUACUCAGGUUUGCAAUGGAAGCUACAAGAGCUGAAGAUGCACCAAAUUCUUCAGACUUCAGACCAAUGGAUGAAGAGAGGAGAAAGUUUUUAGAAAAUGCCUUCAAAAGUAUAACGGUUAAUGUGGUAGAGAUUUUGAUGGAUGCUAUAAAAGUAUUGACUGAUGUUGAAAAAAUAAAAAGCAUACAGCUUGGAGAUGAGUUGCCUGAAGAUGUUGAAACUGCAUUUGAAAAUAUCUUGUCAUACAUUGAUGAUUUAGACGUAGCUAAUGAUUUCUACAAAAUUGGGGGAUUUGCUGUGUUUCCUGUCUGCUACGGAAGUGAAAAUGAGGAAGUUCGGUGUAGAGCCAGUCGGGUGCUUGCAGAGUUGUGUCAAAAUAAUCCUUUCUGCCAGGCGCGCGCCUUGGAGAGUGGCUUGCUUAAUAUAAUCUUACACAUGGUGACCACAGAACGUGGUCAAGCUUUGGCCAAGUGUAUUUCUGCUGUAUCUAGUGCAUCGCGUGAGUUUGAGCCCUCUUGCGCGGAGUUGACAGCGCAGGGCGGGUGUGAGGCUCUAGCAGCUGUGCUGGGUUCGGAUGACGUGUCAGCCAAGACGAAGAGUGCCUUCCUUGUUGCCUACCUUUGUGGUCACUACACACCUGCUAGAGAAAAAUUUAUAGAGCAAAAUAUUGUCUGCAUUAUCGCAGAACAAAUUGAAAAAGGUGGGGAUGCUGCCACAGAGCAUCUUUUAAGCAUACUCCACACCCUCAAAGAUGAUCAGAGAGUGAUUCAACAGUGUCAGGAUAUCAAUCUUAAGAAGAUUCUAGAAAAGCAUUUGAAAAAUACCGAGGAAGAUACGUUUUUGGAACAACAAGAGUAUUGUAUGGAGUUAUUAAAGAUUAUUGGUAACUGUCCGCAGGCUGAAAUUAUACAGAGUGAGGCUGAUAGAUAG